UCAACACUUCUUGAGGCUGGAUGCUUGUUGACAGACGCUCGGUUCGAUUUUCUAUCUCUGAGAAUUCUAGUGUCUCAGGUUCACGAUUACCCAAGAACCUGGAUAAGUGACUAGUGGCACUGAUUUCCUGAUUGAGGAAAGGUUCUAGCGACAAGAUGCAAGUGCAGCCGCAGAAGUUUCAAGGCCUCGUGGCCGAUCUCUUGCCCAACAUUCGCCUCAUGCAGGCGUUUGGGCACUUUCUCUUCAAGUUCGUGUCUGGACCUGUGAUGUUCCGGAAGAUCUACUCCUUCACACACCUGUUCCUGCUCCUCUUUCAAUUCAUCACGAUCAUCCUGAAUCUGGCCUUCACGGCGGGUGAUGUGAAUGAAUUGACGGCCAACACCAUCACCACGCUCUUCUUCACCCACAGCAUCACCAAGUUCCUCUACUUUGGCAUCAACUCCAAGAACUUCUACAGGACCCUCAACAUUUGGAAUCAGUCCAACACUCAUCCUCUCUUCGCCGAGUCCGAUGCUCGUUACCACUCGAUUUCCCUGGCAAAGAUGCGGAAGUUGCUGUCGCUCAUCGUGACACUCACGCUGAUGUCAGUGGCAGCCUGGGUCACGCUCACGUUCUUCGGCGAGAGCGCGAUGCACAUGCUGAACAAGGAGACCAACGAGACCAUCACCAUCGAGAUUCCCAGACUCCCGAUCAAGUCCGUCUAUCCGUGGAACGCAAUGUCAGGCUACAAGUACAUCCUUUCCUUCGUCUUUCAAGUAUACUAUCUCCUGUUCUCGCUGUUCCAAUCAAAUUUGGCCGAUGUGCUCUUCUGCUCAUGGUUGCUGUUCGCCUGCGAGCAACUGCAGCAUCUGAAGGGCAUCAUGAAGCCCCUGAUGGAGCUCAGUGCCACUCUGGACACCUACAGACCCAACACUGCAGCCCUGUUCCGGUCCAUCUCGGCGAGUUCACACACCGAGCUGAUAAGCAAUGAAGUUGAGAAGGAUGUGACAGACUUGGAUAUCAGUGGAAUUUACAACUCGAAGGCCGACUGGGGCGCACAAUUCAAAGCGCCAUCCAAUUUGCAAAGCUUCGGCAACGGCACAAAUCCCAACGGAUUGACCAAGAAGCAGGAGUUGAUGGUUCGCACGGCAAUCAAGUAUUGGGUUGAGCGCCACAAGCACGUCGUGAGACUCGUGGCCGCCAUUGGGGAUACUUAUGGCAUCGCUCUGCUCCUGCACAUGUUGACAUCAACAAUCAAGCUGACCCUUUUGGCUUAUCAGGCCACCAAGAUAAGCGGAGUUAAUGUGUACGCCUUCUCCGUGAUUGGCUACCUCGUGUACGCUCUCGGCCAAGUGUUUCUCUUCUGUAUCUUCGGCAAUCGCCUGAUUGAGGAGAGCUCAUCCGUGAUGGAAGCCGCUUACUCCUGUCACUGGUACGACGGCUCAGAGGAGGCCAAGACGUUCGUGCAGAUCGUCUGUCAGCAGUGCCAGAAAGCCAUGACGAUAUCCGGAGCGAAAUUCUUCACUGUGUCACUGGAUUUGUUUGCAUCGGUUCUCGGUGCUGUCGUCACCUACUUCAUGGUGCUGGUGCAACUGAAGUAAAACUGGAAGAUUUCUCUGUAUUUUGUCUUGUGUAUCUUGAUGAGGAGGAGAAGAAAAAGGGAUCAAAUACGCUUUAAAGAAGAAGAAGAAGAGUCCACGAAUUGGAUGAUAAAUGGAUAUAUAUUUUCUGAGAUAGUAUAAGCAAAUGGAUGUGCUACCUGGCGGGCAUUCACAUUAAAGAACACACCACAAAUUUGGCGUUUAUAUACAUGUAACCUAGCCAGCACUCAGUCAAAUAGCAUUAAUACAGAUGCAAAGAUUGAAAUGAUAGAAGAAACAUGUAUUUUUGUUAAAUGUGUAAAUGAUAUUUUGCAAAUAUAUUGUUCUAUCCGUGAUAUGUAAA